AUGUAUAAAUAUCUAUCUAUCCAGGCGAGAAGGGUGCUGUGGGCAUCGAAAGGCCUGGUCAGACUCAAGUCUCUAGUCCAAGGCCACUCCGUCAAGCGCCAGGCCACCAGUACGCUUCGCUGCAUGCAGACUCUGUCCUGGGUCCAGUCCAAGAUACGGACGAGGAGGAUCAAGAUGGCGGAGGAGAACCAGGCCCUUCAGCGCCAGCUCUUGUUGAACCAGGAACUAGAGACUCUCAGGUGGUAG